AUGAAAAAUUUUAAACUUGUUUUGGGUGAUGAGAGUGUACUCUUUAAGGGAGAGUUGAAUAGAGAGGAUGAGGAAAGAGAGGGUGAAGGGGAGAGAGGGGUAAGAAGAGAAGGGGAGACAUGGGGUGAUAGAGGGAAGGAGGUGGAGGAAGAGGUGAAAGAAGAAGGGGGAGAGUCGGAGAUAGACAGAGAGGGGGAUAUGGAGGGAGAAGAGCUGAGAAGGACGAGAAGAAAAGGAGACAGAAGAAGAAAAGGAGACAGAAGAAGAAAGGGAGAGGGGAAGGGAGGGAGAAGUGGAGAGAGGGAUGGAAAGAAAGAGAGACAGAGGGAAAAAGAGAGAGAAGGAGGGGGGAAAAGAGGAGAGAGGGAUGGGAAGAAAGAGAGAGAGGGAGAAAGAGAAAAAAGAGAGUGGGAGAAAAAGAAAGGAGAUAAAGAGUCAUAUUUACAAAUCACAAAUUUAUCGAAGCUAUCAUAG